GUCAAGUCAGCAGGCGGAUGGGAGGAGAGGAGCAGUAGGAGGAGGAGAGAUGUGUUACUGGAGUAGGAGGUAAAAAGAGGUGGCCAAGCGGCUGUUGAAGAAAUAAAAGCACAGUCAAAUUUCGCGGCGCGACCAAAGCCACCUUUAUUCGUGGAUUCGAGCGUUAAACAACGUAAGGCGAGAAACGCUUCUGCGGACGACAGGGACAUGAUGAUUAGCUUGCUUUUAUAGCGAGCAUCACUGCCAAAAGUAUCCUUACCAUCCACAGCGAAGACGAAGGAGGUGACAAACUAUGAACGAGGAUGAUUUCUGCUAAGAAAACUCCGGAGAAGAGUCGCUAUCCAAUGCACUAUCUGGUGUGGCACAACAAGCACCGGCAGCUGGAAAAAGAGCUGACAGCCAACGAACAGACUGAUUUAGAGUCUCUGGACCCCCGGGGCCGAACUCCUCUACAUCUGGCUGUCACAUUGGGCCACCUGGACUGUGCCAGAGUUCUGCUGCAACAUGGCGCCGAUGUCAGUAAGGAGAACCGCAACGGCUGGACUGUUCUUCAGGAGGCAGUCAGUACUCGAGAUCCGGAACUUGUGCGGCUUGUACUGCGUUUCCGUGACUACCAGAGGACUGCGAAGAGACUUGCGGGCAUCCCCGUCCUGCUAGAACGACUACGCCAAGCCCAGGAUUUCUAUGUAGAGAUGAAAUGGGAGUUUACCAGCUGGGUGCCCCUGGUGUCGCGUAUCUGCCCUAGUGACACCUAUAGAGUGUGGAAGAGUGGUCAGUGUCUCCGCGUUGACACGACUCUCACUGGAUUUGAGCAGAUGACCUGGCAGAGAGGAAAUCGGAGCUUCAUUUUCAGGGGGCAAGACUCAAACGCAGAAGUGAUCGAGGUCGACCAUGACAGGCAGCUGGUGUUCUGUGAGACCCUGUGUGUCUCAUCACUCACGGCGCUUUCGCCUGCCCGGGGCAAAGGUGCCGCCUGUGGCAGUACGGCAGCAGGUUUGGGCCUGCUGGGGGGAGUGCAGCCCAGUGAUGAGCAGGUAGCGGCCCGACUGUCUGCCGCUGUGGUGACCACUCAGCUGGAUACCCGCAACAUUGCCUUUGAGAGGAACAAGACAGGCAUACUGGGCUGGAGGAGCGAGAAGACUGAGACAGUGAACGGAUAUGAAGCCAAGGUGUAUGCUGCAUCAAAUGUAGAGCUGAUCACCAGGACCAGAACAGACCACUUGUCAGACCAGAACAAGAACAAGAUUAAAGGCGGGAAGACUCCCCUCCAGAACUUCCUCGGGAUUGCAGAGCAGCACAUGGGCCCGAACAACGGGGCCCUGGUGACCCAAAUGUCAACCCCGGCGGUGACCAACCCUGCAGCGCUCACUGCUGAGGAAUACUUCAACCCAGGCUUGUCUCCCACACUGAGGGACAUCGGCCACCCGUGCCAACUCACCACCAAGACCCAGAGAUUCAAAGCAAAGCUCUGGCUGUGCGAGUCCCAUCCUCUGUCACUGGCAGAACAAGUGGCGCCUAUCAUCGACCUUAUGGCCAUAUCCAACGCCCUGUUCGCCAAGUUGCGUGACUUCAUCAUGCUGCGCUUGCCACCCGGCUUUCCCGUCAAGAUCGAGAUCCCGCUCUAUCACAUCCUGAAUGCCAGGAUCAGCUUCAGCAACCUGAAUGGCUGCGAGGAGGGGGCAAGCCCACGCCCUGACAAUGAAGCCACAGUGGAGGGGGGCGGACAAAAGUAUACCCUUAGGACGGAUACUCCGUCGCCCGGCAGCGAUUCAUCCAGCGUUUCCAGUUCCAGCUCCACCAUGUCAUGUCGAGCCGGAGAGAUCCCCCCCUGUGUGUUUGAGCCCCCGUCUGGAUACACUGUGCUCGGGGGCAAACAGAGAGACAGCAUGAGGGAGGAGGAGGAGGACCUGCUGCAGUUUGCAAUUCAACAGAGUCUGCUGGAAGCCGGCUCGGAAUACGAUCAGGUGACCAUCUGGGAGGCACUGACCAAUAGCAAGCCAGGAACGCAUCCCUUGUCUUGUGAUCCAAGUCGCCUAGAAAGGAUGCCUCAAAGGAAGCCUCGCUCCCCCUCCAGCGUAUCCUCCACUCCCUCCAAGAAGCAGCAGUCCACCACCUGCAGCUACGAUGAGCAGCUACGCAUCGCCAUGGAAAUGUCAGCUCGAGAGCAGCAGCAAGCGGAGCUCCGGCGACGGAAAGAGGAGGAAGAACUGCUGCACAUCAUCCAGCUGUCACUCAUGGAGAAGUGAGCUGGCCAAUGGGCCAAUCAAAUGUUUAAAACAUAGAAAGCACACUUUUGAAUUGAAUGGAGAUUUGUGCCCUCCGUGAUGAUGUCUGAAUGAUUGACACCAGUGUUCUCUCCGCAUGACACUUUACACCAGUGCCAGUUUACAACCAACAAUACAGUACGUUUAGAAGGCCCAAAUCAGCUGGUGGAAGUGACAUGUGAAUGUUGAACCCAUAAUAAUAAUAAUAAUAAUAAUAAAAGUUGCUCAGUUGCAGUUAGUUGUAUGUUUUUUUUAACUUGCACAAAAUCCAAAUGUACUGUAUUUACACUGUGGUUGGCUCACAUAUGUGACUGUGACUGAUGUACAGUAGAUGUGUGGCAAGCUGGAGCACGAACAUGAUUUCACAAUGAUAUUCAAUUACUGUACUGCAACCUAAUGGGAGUCGAUAUCGUACCUUCAGACAGACCUGUGACUGACAUGGCGACCCAUCCAGCACAUUCCACUGCCUUUUCGCUCAGUCAACAAAAGGAAAGGAUGGAUUGAAGACUGAAUUGGCUAUUGGCUCUCAUUCGAAGUGUACCCACAAUCUACUGAUACUAAGCAUCGUGAACAUCUUUUCCUCCAAAAUGCUAUUAAAGUGUUUCUGAAUGUAUAUAGUAACUAAAAUGCCAUACACUCAGUUUUGAUACAGAUCCUUUACUUUUAAGUUGGACUUUUCUCACCAAUAGCAGCACAACUUGAGAAAACUCCUCUUACAACAUUUGAAUUCACUCGUAUUCUUGUUGGUUUGAUGAGAAAGACUGUUUUUGAUCACCUCAAAUGAUUUUUAUGGGGUUGCUAGCUAAAUAAAAAGUGUUUUAAUAAAUGUCUCAUUAUUGUGCGUUUUAUUUCAUUCCAUUUAAUUUCUAAAGUUGCAGUUCGUUCCACUGUGAAUGAUCCAUGUUAACACUUAACAUUGAUCCCAGUCAAAAUGGAUCGGACAUCUCGCUCUGUCGAUGACACUGAAAUAUGAGCAUUCAAUGCCAGUUCUCCCAAUUUAAAAGAAUU